AUGUUUAUGAACUUUUUAAGAAGUAAAUUAAGAAGUUUAGUUUUAGAAGUAUCAGAAAGUAAACAGUUUGGUUAUUUAGAGUUAUUUACAUGUCAUUGUUAUAAUAGUAUACUAAUUGUGAUAUGUUAUCUGUAUUAUAGCACUCGUGGACCUGAAUUGGUAGUAGAUGGUGAUAGAUCACAAUAUGGUGCCAGGAAUUGUAUGGACACUGGUUAUUCUAAUAAUAGAUGGUGGAGUGUAAACUUAACAGAUACUUAUCCUAUUAGACAAAUACAUAUAUUAUAUAGACAUGGAGAUAGUUUUACUGGCCAGUAUCUAUAUACUCUGAGAGGAUUAAAAAUAGAUGUUAUACAAGAUAAUGAUCUAUAUACUCUGAAAGGAUUUAAAAUAGAUGUUAUACAAGAUAAUGUAUGCUCCAAUAGAACAUAUGGUGAAGAGUGUAAAAAGUUUUGUUAUUGUGAAGAUGAUGUAUCAUGUGAUGCUGUAACAGGAGAAUGUUCAACUGAGGGAUGUUUACCAGGGUAUACUGGAUCGAGCUGUAAUCAGACUUGUAUAGAAGGAAGGUAUGGUUUGAAUUGUAGUCAAAAUUGUGAUGAAAGAUAUUGUUCGGGAUCCCAACAGUCUUGUAAUUCUGAUACUGGGAGGUGUGAUAAUGGUUGUCUGACAGGAUAUAAUGGUACAGACUGCACACAAGCAUGUCCGACUGGAACUUAUGGUAACAAUUGUUUACAAACUUGCCCUUUCAACUGUUUAAAUCAAAACUGUAACCAUAUCAAUGGUACAUGUAUCGGUGGAUGUAAACCAGGUUUUAAAUUUGAACUUUGUGACCAGGAGUGUGAUACGACUAUGUAUGGUAUAAACUGUAAGAGACUCUGUGAUGAUAGAAAUUGUUAUGGUUCCACUGAAUGUAAUCAUAUCACAGGGAAUUGUACAGAAGGUUGUAAACCUGGUUUUAGUGGUGUUGAUUGCUCAGAACAAUGUCCCGAGGGCACUUACGGCGAAAACUGUUCGAAAAUCUGUUCAAAUAGAAAUUGUUUACAGAAUCAAAAUUGUGAUAGUGUGAAUGGUACUUGUGCUGAUGGUUGUAAAUCAGGUUUUAUAUCAAUUGACUGUACACAAGUCAAUGUAAUACCAUUAUCAUUGUCUAUAUCUGAAAGUCAUAUUACACAAGGUAAAUAUGAUAUAGUGAGUACAUUUUAUAAUAAUAUUAAUGGUAGAUAUGUUGAUGGUUGUCAACCAGGUUUUAUAUCAAUUGACUGUACACAAGGUUUUAUAUCAACUGACUGUACACAAGGUAAAUACGAUAUGGUAUAUAAUAAUAUUAAUGGUAGAUAUAUUGAUCGUUGUAAAUCAGGUUUUAUAUCAACUGACUGUACACAAGGUAACUAUAAUAUAGUGAGUAUAGUAUGUAAUAAUAUUAAUGGUAGAUAUAUUGAUCGUUGUAAAUCAGGUUUUAUAUCAACUGACUGUACACAAGCUUGUGAUGAUGGAUUCUAUGGUGUAAACUGUAGUAAGAAAUGUUCAGAGAGAAAUUGUAUAAAUAACAGUACAGUUUGUAGUAAAGUUGAUGGUAGCUGUAAUGGUGAUUGUGUAAAUGGUUAUAGUGGUGCAGACUGUCACAGUUCCAGUUCAUCUCCUAAUGUUGUUGAAGGAAAGUUAGGUUUAUCUUUUUGA